GCCUCGUUUCCUUCGUGUUUUUCUAGCCAUCGAGCGGAAGCGGUGUGGGCGCUAUAGCAACGUUAGCUGGCGGUCUUGGUGCCUGAGAGAGAGCUGGGCCUGAAGCUGGGAUAGAUCCUGGAGAGUUGGAGUGGUUAGUUGGAGAUCCAGGGCAGAGACAAGAUGUGGAGCAGUGCAGGACCAGACCAUAGUGAAACUAGAUGGGAAUGGUUGCUGCCAUGAAAAUCCCUCUAGUUUCAGUAACACCAGAAUUUUCUCCAUUUUAUCCAACUGCUUGCCGAACCAAUAACAAUUAUGUCUAGCCCAACUGAUGAGACUGCAGGAGACCUGCCUGUGAAAGAUACAGGUCCACGACUCCUCGGAGGAUUGAAAGUUUCCUGGAAUUCAAAGUCUCGACAACUGGUGUCACGUGUCAGUCGUGAGGAAUUGGAAGAUCGAUUUUUGCGUUUGCAUGAAGAGAACAUUGUACUUAAACAGCAUGCCUGCAAGCAAGAAGAUAAAAUUAAAAGAAUGGCCACCAAGUUAAUACGGCUUGUUAAUGACAAGAAAAGAUGUGAGCGGAUUGGUGGCGGCCCCAAGCGGCAAGGACGGGAUGUGGAACUAGAAGAAACGAUUGAGCAGCUGCAAGAAAGAGUUCAUGAGCUUGAAAGACAAAAUGAAGGCCUCAGAAACAAACUAAUUUCAGCUAAACAACAACUUCAAUUCCAAGGUCAUAGACACACUCCAUAUAACCACGUACAAUCUCGUGUUAACACAGGACGGAGAAAAGUGAAUGAGAUUUCUGGCUUUCAGGAAAGCCCAAAGAAAGGAACAAAAUUACAAGAUACAGAAAGAGCAGGAACUCCACAACCCUCAAUUACAGGAUUUAAACAACAUCUACUCCAAGAAGCAAGGGAAGAAAUAAAAGCUUUAGAAACUUUGGUUGAAACACAAAGAGACCAGAUACUAGAUCUGGAGCACACUGCAGAGGUACUGAAAACUCAGAUGAGGAGAAAAGAAAAUGAGCAUGAGGCAUCUCUUUUACAGCUUCGAGAGCAGCAAGCAACAGAUCAAAGGUCAAACAUUCGGGAAAAUGUGGAACUGAUCAAACUUAAUAAGCAGCUUAUGGAGAAAAGUAAUGCCCUUACAAUAAUGGAAGGAAAAUAUAUCCAACUUCAAGAGAAGCAAAGACAUCUUAAAGCCAGCCAUGAUGCCUUAUUGGCAAAUGGGGAUGAACUCAACCUACAGCUCAAAGAACAUCGUUUAAAGUGCUUCAGUCUUGAAAAACAACUACAAUCUAAGAGCUUCGUUGAAAAAAAAAUAGGGGAGCUUCAGGAUAAAAUUAAUGAUUUGGAAAGGGAGAAGGAACUUUUAAAGGAAAACUAUGAUAAGCUAUAUAACAGUGCCUUCAGCGUGACCCAUGAAGAACAAUGGAAGUUAAAGGAACAACAGCUUAAACUGCAGAUUGCUCAGCUGGAGACUGCCAUAAAGUCUGAUUUAGCAGACAAAAAUGAAAUUCUGGACAGACUAAAAGUUGAAAGAGACCAAACAGAAAAACUUACUCAAGAGAAUAAAGAACUACAACUACGCUAUCUGGAACAUAAGCAACAGCUUGAUGAACUUAAAAACCACAUGAAGUUUUUCAGCAAGGAAAGUGAAAUUGACAUGACUGAAUUCAGUGAAGCCCUCAUGCUUAUAAAGUCUAGAAAAGAGCAGAAAAAUGGACACCUUUCCUUUCUAGAGAAAGUUGAUGGUGACAUUAAUAAGGACCUAGAAAAAUCAAUUCGAGAACUUCAGGCAACACAUGCAGAAACCGUGCAAGAACUAGAAAAGACAAGAAAUAUGCUAAUCAUGCAGCAUAAAAUUAAUAAAGAUUAUCAGAUGGAAGUUGAAGCAGUAACCCAGAAGUUGGAAAGUUUUCAACAAGAUUAUGACCUAAAAAUAAAACAAUAUGUUCAUCUUCUUGACAUUAGGGCUGCACGCAUCCGGAAAUUAGAAGCCCAAUUAAAGGAUAUUGCCUAUGGCACCAAGCAGUACAGAUUUAAACCAGAAAUCAUGCCAGAUGAUCCUGUAGAUGAAUUUAAUGAAGCUGUCCAUUUAGAACGAGGAGAGAACCUAUUUGAAAUCCAUAUCAGUAAACUGACCCUUUCAUCUGAAGCUAUCCAGGCAUCAGGAGAUCAAGAACCUUCCACGUUCUGUACCUAUGCUUUUUAUGAUUUUGAACUGCAGACAACUCCUGUAGUGUCUGGUCUCCAUCCAGUGUAUAACUUCACAUCCCAGUAUCUCGUCCAUGUUAAUGACUUCUUUUUACAAUACAUACAGAAAAAUACUGUCACUCUUGAGGUCCACCAGGCAUAUAGUACUGAUUAUGAAACAGUUGCUGCAUGCCAAUUGAGAUUCCAUGAGAUCCUGGAAAAGAAUGGUCGAAUUUUUGGUGCUGCAAAUUUGGUUGGAAUUAAAGGAGACAUUCCACAUUAUGGCACAAUAGAAUAUUGGAUCCGAUUAAGAGUUCCUAUGGAUCAAGCAAUUAGACUGUACAGAGAACGGGCAAAAGCUUUAGGCUAUAUAACAUCCAAUUUUAAGAGACCAGAGCAAAUGCAUCAGCAGAUGCCCAAAACUGCUCAUCUCAGUCUUACUUCAGAUGACAACUUAAAUGAACUCCAUAUCACAAUAAAAUGCUGUAGCAACUUGAAGUCUGGAACAACCAAAAGUCAUAUGCAGCCAAAUCCAUACGUUGUGUACAAGUUCUUUGAUUUUGCAGACCAUGAUACAGCCAUCAUUCCAAAUAGCAAUGAUCCCCAGUUUGAUGAUCACAUGUGCUUCCCAGUGCCAAUGAACACAAACUUGGAUAGAUACCUAAAGUCAGAGUCUCUGAGUUUCUAUGUAUUCGAUGAUAGUGACACCCAGCAGAAUACUUACAUAGGAAAAGUCGAUGUACCACUAAUUUCAUUAGCACAUGACAGAUAUAUUUCAGGAAUAUUUGAGUUAACAGAUCAUAAGAAACAUCAUACAGGAACCAUUGAAGUUGUAUUGAAGUGGAAAUUUACUUACCUUCUUCCAACUACAUCAGCAGCAUCUGAGGACCUAAUGAAUGUUAUUAAAAAAGAAGAAUCAGAAGCUGAUGAAAUGUUGCACAGAACAUCCUCUGUUACCACACCAGUUGUAGCUCCAAUACCUAAACCAAGACAGCGUACAAUCCCAACAGACAAGAAAGUGUCCUUUGUGGACUUCACUCCACACCAGGAUUCUAUGUCUGUCUCGAAUGAAGAUAUACAAAAAGCUUCCCCAGAAAUGAAAGUUACAAAGAAGUUACAAGCUAAGGCUCCAUCCAUGCCAGAUAUUCCAGAGGCUUUGCCGGAAGGGACAGUAGAGAAUGUAAAUGAGAAUGCUCAAGAAAUGCAGCAAGGAAAAGAUGAGGAUUUCUCUCACCUAUCUGAGGGUCAACUUGCUGGCCGAAGUUCAAGUACUUCUGAAGAAGACACAGAAAUUAGUGAGGAGUUAGAAAGAGAAGAAGUUCAAGAGGAAAGACUGGAUUCUGAUGCUGUUGAUUCAGUAACUGACAGUGAUGACUGUAUUGUUCCGAGUCCCAUGUCCAAGAAAGUUAAACAGCCAUCAGAAAAAAUUCGGAUUGAGAUUAUAGCUCUAAGCCUCAAUGAUUCUCAAGUAGCCAUGGAUGACACUAUCCAACGCCUAUUUGUAGAAUGCCGUUUCUACAAUUUUCCUGCAGAAGAGACACCAGUGUCACUUCCAAAGCCCAAAAGUGGACAGUGGAUCUAUUAUAAUUACAGCAAUGUGUUACAUGUGGAUAAAGAAACCAACCAAGCAAGAAGAGUGUCUCUAAAGACUAUAUUGCAAAGACCAGAAAUGCCUAAUGGAAGUAUCCGAUUCACCGUGGUAAGUGAUCCUCCAGAGGAUGAACAGGAUCUCGAGUGUGAAGAUAUUGGCAUUUCCCAUGUCAGUCUCCUUGAAAUAUUUCAGAAAAAAAAAGACAUCAUUGAGCAAAAUAUUGAUGUAUUUGAUGCACAAGUGGAUGGUGAAGUGAUUGGCAAGCUUAGAAUAACUGUGGAGGCCUUGCAUGCCCUGAACUCCAUCUAUGAGGAAUACAGAGAUGAAUUGGAGACAUAGAAAAUGUUCCUAAGGCAUUGCCUUCUCCUGACACAUUGAUAUGUUCACCAUCUAUUAGAUUCCAGUGAAAGUCCAGUCUCUAAAGUUAUUUCUUAUGAGUCAGCCAGACCUCAGUUAUGGAUGGGUUUUAGAAGCUAGUGAAGACCCCAGCUACACAGACACCCCAGCUUAAGGUAACACUUCUGUAAACAUUCAGCAACGGGUAUAAAUGUAAACAGUCAGUGUGAUAUUUUUGUUGUGGCCUGUGCUUUCAUUUAGAUGUCUAAAUAGAAACAUGAAUUUUCUUUUUUUUGUUUAAGUUCAUUUCAUUUUGCCUGUUGUAGUAAUAUCACAUUCCUAGUCUCUGUCAUAAGAAACAGUUGAGAAAAAUACGUUUUAUAGUUAACAAUGUGGUUUAUGUAGGGAACUUUUCUCUAAACUCUUUGCAGUAACACAUUUUCUGAAUUACCAUAGUUUACUGCUGCUUAACUUAUAUUCGUUUUUUAAGAAUUAAAUGGAGACUAUCUUUAAUCAAAUAAAGGAA